AUGACCCAAAAACAAGGCCGACGACGACGCUCGAGCAGUCUCAUCUACCAGGAACCCCCAGAAUCCAUUGAACACACCAGCGACCAGGCAGCGUUGCCCAACCUCAAUGCCAACUGGGUGAAUGCUAAGGGUGCCUGGACCAUCCACUUUGUAUUGAUUGCCGCGCUCAAGAUCUUCUGCGACAUCAUUCCAGGUAUCUCACAGGAGACCUCGUGGACUCUCACCAACAUCGGCUACAUGUUCGGCUCAUUCCUCAUGUUCCACUGGGUGCGGGGCAUUCCAUUCGAGUUCAAUGCUGGGGCCUACGACAAUUUGAAUAUGUGGGAGCAGAUCGACAAUGGGGACCAGUAUACGCCGACCAAGAAGUUCCUGCUCUGCGUGCCAAUUGUGCUCUUCCUCCUCAGCACCCACUACACCCACUACGACAUGACCUAUUUCACUAUCAAUUUUCUGGCCACUCUGGCUGUGGUCAUUCCGAAACUGCCUUUCUCGCAUCGGUUGCGAAUAGGUCUCUUUUCCGAUAUACCCGAGGAGUCAUAG